AUGAAGUACACUUGGAAUGUGGUAUGUGAAUCUAUGAGACUAAUACCACCCGCACCCGGAGGUUUUAGAGAGGCUAUAACUGACCUCUGUUAUGCCGGCUUCACAACCCCAAAGGGAUGGAAGGUUCACUGGAAUUUUUAUUCAACUCACAAGGACCCAAAGUAUUUUCCAAACCCGGAAAAGUUUGAGCCUUCAAGAUUUGAAGCCACAAUGCAGCCAAAUAUAUUUGUACCCUUUGGAAAAGGGCAACAUAUGUGUUAUGGUAACGAGUAUGCUCGAAUUAAGAUCCUCGUAUUUUUGCACAACGUUGUAACUCGAUUUAGAUUGUCAAAAGCUAAUCCUCCAGAGAAAUUAAUCUAUACUCCAGAUCCAGUAUCUGUUGAAGGCCUCCGAAUUCGCCUUCUACCUCAUUAG